CUUCUUCGUGUCUGUUGAGAAUAAAUUCUGUUCAUCAUGAGAGUGAGAUACUAUUUUCAUCAAUUAUUCAUUGUUCUAGUGCGUUUUUAGAGCUUUCUUCAAUUUUUUUUUGGUAAAAGAAUAAGAAAAUCAAGCUAGAACCCAACGCACAGGCUUCCCAAUUUUUUUGUAGUGCACAGUAACAAACUACCGACCUAGUAAUCAUUUGUUGUGUUGUACUAGGUUGUAGAACGGUUGUUUUGAUGUGUUGUCUAAUAUUUGGACGUUGUACAACAACUCGUCGACCGAUUCAUCUCAAGGUAUUUAUCUUUAGGGUCUUCUUACUGUAAGUACUUCACAAGUCACAACAACUCAGUACCUAGUACCCCUUUGAUUUUGAAAUAUAGACACACUCCACGUUUACCUUUAACGACUACUUCAAAAUGGUGAAAAAGAAGAUGGCUAAAGCUUCAAAGAAAGGCACGGCUGGCAGUUCCGCAGUGUCAACGAAGAAGGGUCCCAAGGAGAAGCAGGCUUCAGGGGGAUCAAGAUCUCCACCUAUCUUAAGGCUACUGCUAAAGCGUUUUCUUCAACAAGGAGAAACUAAUGUGGAAUUCAAAGCUUGCUUUAUUGAGAUCCAAAUACGAGUACGCGAAGUGCGCGCUCCCUGGGGGGCAACGCCGGGUAAAAAGUCAAAGACAACUCAUGGACGCCUUAUUUACUUCGACAUACAUUUUCAUCCUUAUCAUUAUUGUAAUGCCUUGCCAUGUCGUUGCACCUCAACACCAGGCAGGGCAUUUCGCCUCUACUAAAUGUGAGACGCCCACUCCGCAAAGAGAAAGAGGCUCGUAAUAGUAUUACCCUGGUGCUCACAGAGGGAGGUAAAUAUUAUAUCAAUAGUACCCGCCUCAAUAAAGCCCUUUUCCACAACCAAAGGAGGUAGUAAGUAAGGAACUGUGCACCUCUCCUGCACGGGUAAAAAAAUAGUAUUACUCUGGGUGCUCAGACACAUAAAGGAAAAAUGACCGUAGUUUUAUAUUUUCCUCAACUCCGAGGUCUAUCCCACCAUGCAAAGCUGUAUCGGCUCACCUCCCUCCACGGGUAACAAAAUAGCAUUACUCUGCUCAAAAAGGAAGAUUAAAGCAAGAUGAUGCGGCUGCUCUAACUAUCGUUCCAGCCGUCGCCGGUCACGAACACGAUGAGGUUUUCGCGAAUCCUGUCCUAGACCAUGCCAAGGAUCACCCUUAUGGAUCAAAUGCAUUGCUUGGAUUCAUCGGUAGUAAGUUAAAAGUAAAAGAUCCAACAUGAUUUUAUCUUCAAAAAAAAAAUAACAAUAAGUAAAUGCCUAGUAAUUCUCCGUCGAACAUGAGCAUGAUGAUGAUGAUAGUACAGGUUGCUGACUUCAGCUUGUCCUUGCACUACUGAGAGCAACUUGUACUACUGAGUAGACGAGGGAUUUCUCUCUUUACAUGGUAGCAGCUCUAUCUAGGUCGUAUUUACGCUGGGUUGGUAGCAUUAUUUGUACCGUUAGACAGAGCAGUUGAUGUAACUAAACCCAUUAAGUUGUACUUAAAAUAAGUAGCUUUUGCCUUCCAUUGUGUAGUUCUACUUCUAGUAAGAAGAAUAAACAUUCAUAAGAACAAUGAACAGCUUCUCAUUGAGGCUCUCUCUUUACAGCUUAUUUUCCAGUAACUUGCUGACAACUACAAGAAGAAUGAACAUUAAGGUAGUCGUGUCCAAAGCUGUUUGUUCCCAGAAUUAAUUCUAAAAAAAUUUCUAAUCUUGGGAACAAACGGCUUUGGACACGUGCAUGCGUCCGUUCGAAAAACGCGCAAGGUUCAACUACGCCAAUUCGCACCCUUUCAAGCUUCAGCAUCACAAGACCGCUUUGAACAAUUAUGGCUCCUGAGUCGGAUGUCGAUAUGUUGUAGCUGCAGGUACAAAUAGAUGCUUGUACUACUUCUAGGUUGAAUUUGACCAUGAAAGAAGGAAAGACCUUGAUGAACUUCUAAAGAAGUAGAAGAUUCUCAUCAGGUCCGUCUUCAGAGUCGAACUGCCAUGCCCUAUUUUCUUUGGAUCUGUCGUCCUGAAGAUUUUCUUAAAUACAUACAGACUCAGAUACUUUUACCUACUAGAAUUGAAGAAUCAUGAUCUAUCAAUCUGAUAGACAUGUCUUACUCCUAGAGCACUAGUCCGAAAAAAAUUGUUCUAGAAUUUUACCGACUUCUUUUCUAAGACACAAAUAUUGGUUGCAUUGGAUCAGCUAGCUCCUCAAGUUCCACCAGCCAGAGUUCUUCCACAACGCGUGGCAUUCCUGGUAUUCCCACAUCCCUGGACUCAAGACGCCGCUUUUCGUUCACGGAUGCCAAAAUUAAGCCUCACACGACCAAGUAAUCCAUCUUGAGAGACACCUCGUCCCUGAUGAAUCAUGCUGGAGUUUGUUUCCAGGAACUGGGCAAGAAUGAAACGGCACCCAGCAACAUGCAUGUGUCUAAAUGAGAUGGUGUGUCUACUAAAUGAGAUGGAUUGGCAUUGGGGUGUCCGUGAGUAGUUCUAAAAUAGGCGGCCGCGUCAUGUACGACAUCGAGGGAGACUUUUAUGGGUUGGGAGUCUUCGUUCGAGACCAUGAGACCCAGGAAGUCAUCAGCAUCAUGUGUCGACCUACGUCCUAUGACCAGACGAACUCGACUUACGUGUGGCUGCCGAUACGCUCUUACAAAGGCCAGGAACCCGAAGCGUCUGAGAACAUGCCACUGUUCUUGAAGAAGUGGCUCGAAGAGCAGCAGCAGAAAGCAGGGAAGGAAGGCGAAGAAGGUAAAGAUGAAUCUGCUGAAAGCAGUGGUGCACCUCCAAUGAAGAAAAGACGAACUACUACUACCUCUUCGUCAUCUACUUCAUCUUCAACAGCGGCCGCAACUUCCGGGUCUAGCUUUCGCAAAUUUUACCUCCACGCGAAGAUUGAUUUUAAGCCGGAGAAGAAGAAUGGAGCUAGCACCUACAGAAUUUACCAGAACAAUAAGAUUAAGGCUUCUACGACUACAUUCACACUGACAAACAUUCAUUGUGCAUUGACAUGACUGUAUUCCCAAGCAAGAUAGAUCAAGAUCAAGAUGAACAGUGCGGACAUAUAAAUUGUAUUCCCAGGCAAGACACAUCAAUGAAUAGAUCCAAAGGAACGUGAUCCACCCUGUGAUAGAUUAUUUUUUUGUUUUUUUUUCCCCACACUUCGCUGACUUACAUAAUAAAUAGUGCAAUACUGUAAAAAGCAGUGUAUUGACGCAAUCUUCAGCCCUUUAGAGGUAGAGCAACCCCUUAUAUAGCACGAGAACCCCCCUAUAUAACACGAGAACCCCUUACAUAGAGCAACCCCUUAUAUAGCACGACGUGAACCGCUUUCCGUUAACCUCAAAAAAUAGCCUUUUUACAUGGCACAAAAAUCCCACCAUCCUCUUUAAUCCCAAACUCAACAACGCUCCUUCUCUGACAAUACUACUAUUACUUCUACUUCCACUGCUAUUGCUUCUACUUCCACUACUAUUAUCAUGCAGCUCCUUUCUAAUAACUACGGAGGUCAAGCAGAGAUGUUCAAUCAUAGUCAUAUGAUGGCCCUGCUGAGAGCUGACCUCGUCCACGAUGAAUUCGCUGGCUUGUUAGAGGGAAGCAAUGUCGGAAAAAGGUUCGCAGCCGGAAGAAGGAUGUUCAAGGUAAUGCUCUUGAAAAGAUAUUUAUAUAUAAUAUCUGAUAGCUAUACAAAAUUAUAGGACCACGAGGCGAUAGACCUAGUUCAUCUUCGCGAUCUUCCGUUCUUCUGCGAAGAAUAAAUGUGUACUACUAAGUACUUACAUACUAGCUAGAAGAAGUGAAAAGUUCUGCUGCUUCUGCUGCUCCUGAAAUAAUUGAUAUUUAUAAUAUAUUAUAAUAAACGAAUAAAUCUGCAAAAACAAAAUCCAAUCUAUUCAACUACAGCUCUUCCGUCCUUGGCAUCCAAGUCUGAUGAUUAACCCACCUGAGGGAGACAUAUGCGGUUGCAUGGAGAUUCAAGAUGACGAGACUGCCUUCGUUAACCUAGCACCUGUACUAUGUGGGAAUGCUAUCGAUGGAGAUGGCCGUCGUGGUGGAGAAGGCAAGGAAGAAGGUGAAAACAAUCCCGCUGUUAAGGCUCGUAGAAGAAGUCUAUCCAUCUUUGCCAGCAUCUUGGCCUUCCUGUUUGUGAAAGGAACAAAAGAGGCACCAAGAAAAGAUGCUCAUCUACCAGAUGUGUUUCUUCUAGCUCUAACGCCGACAUGGAUUUUCUGAGGCUGUUUUUGCAGUCUUUCUGUCUCUACGACCAAGUGCUGGCACAGAAAAAUAAUGCAAUUCGCAGAGUCGAGACUACAGUCGCCGCCAGCUUGGGCGCGGUGGCUUACUCAGCCUGGAGCUUGAAUUCCACGCCGAUUGCCAUCAUUCACGAUGGCUACUUACUUGCUUCUCAGGGUUUAUUCACCGGAGUAGGUGCCGUUGCUGGCGGAGCGUUUACCAUGUACCAGAUCGGAAAAAUGGCUUUAUACGGAGCAACCACGACUACGGAGGUCGUGCAUGCGGUGGGUGCCGAACCCUUGUUGCCCAUGGUAGGUGCCUUCGGUUCCUCAGUAUAUUUGGCGAAUACAUUGGUCGUGCAACCAGUCCUCAAACCUUUGGCCACAGUGUUGAAGCCAGUCGUGGAAAAGGCAGUGGUGCCAGCAUUGGCCGUGGCAGCGCAGAAACUGACGCAAUACUACCAAGAACACGUUCUAAGACCCAGAGUGCCACCACCGUUGUAACAAGAAUGGAGAAGAUAAAGGGUGAGAAGAUUAGAUAACGAUAGCAUUGAAAAUUUGUUUGGAACAGCAAGAAAAUGGAAAAACUCAAGGAAAAAGACCGGUGCAGUUGUAAGCAAAUAUGCGGAUUGGAGCACCGGCACGAACAGAAAAAAGCACUAGGGCGGCAGCUCGUUCUGGUGUUUGUAGAAGGAAAAGUCAGGUGCGGGAGGUGGUUUGCGUCUAGUGGUUGGGAGAAAAGAGUGAGUGCGCGCUCUGGGAAAAAAUCGUGUGUGGAGUGAGCUCUGACAAAAUUGAAAAGUCGGUUGUAUUUUGAUUUUCCAAAUGUGUAGAAUACCAAGAAUACAUAGCUUUUCAAUUUAGAGACUCUGCUUCGUCGAUAGUUCUACUACUAAAUCUAAGUCGCGAGACAGGGUCAGAAAGACCUAGAAGUAGUACAACAUCCACUGCGUAAAAAUUCAUUUUCAUCCAUAUGUUCUUGAUAUUGGUUGUUAACAUGAAUACUUGGAGUUGCACACUCAAAUAGGUCCGUUAUCGUCAGUGUAUGAAUACUUGUAGUUCUAUUUCUUGUUGUAGUACAAUAAUGAAAAGUAAUCGAAAAAUAUUGUUGGGGUAGAUCGUGUCCGUCACUUCAUCAAUGUUGAAUCUAGUAAAGUAUUAAUUUUUAUCUAUUCCUUGACUCUAUGAUGAAUCUACAGCUAAUCAGAUUGACAAUCACUCGAUCUUCGAUUGAACAGCACCCAGAUGAAGAUGAAAAAUGCCACCAAGUUCAAGAACGUUAUUACGAAGAUCAUCAUUAUCGCCACAAUGAAUCAAUUAGUAGCAUUUAUAUGAUAAUCAAUUUUUAGAAUGUCAUGCGUAUGCCCCUGAUAGUGCCGUUCCUAGCACCCGUCGUAGAGUCAGAGUCUGAGUGUAGUCAUGAUCGAAAUCAAGACACAGACAGCGCGAUGUAUAGAAAAAGUCUGCAACUACUACCACCCAAAUCGCCAGAGCAGUAAGAGCAGGUAGUUACAGCGCCAGCAGCAACCCUAUAAUGAUCCUUGAUGCGAAGGACCGGAGGUGGUGGCAGUGGGACUCCCGGCGCGGUGAUAUCCCUUCACCUGAGCAAAAGUAGAAUUACAACAUAUCCGACUGACUAGAGGACAGAGAUAGUUGAUAUAAUGAUUUUUAUCAAGUGAAGCAUCGGAUGCUCCAAAAAGACGACGUGAUCAGAUGGAGCAAUUGUACUCGGUCUGAGACCAAAGCCACGCAUACGCCAUAUGAGACCAUCUAAACAACACAAGAGGGAGGCUCCGAGGAGUCACCCUAAGUAUAAUAACAACUACAACAUGACACAACAUGACUCUUGUAGAGAAUGACCAUUUGACACACCAUGAUGAUGAUCUAUCUUGUAAAAGACCUCAAUAAGAAUAAGGAGCGACUUACUACUCAUGUACAGGAGCUGAAAACAUCCACGACGAACAUGUCACUGGUUCACUAUGAUCUUAGGAUUUAGGCUCGUCUCUCUUUCCACGAAAUCUUGAUGGGAACCGAAAAAGGC